AUGCGCCUAGAAUGGGACUUCUAUAUUGCUGCGUGGGACGUGCAGACGCAGGGCGCCUUGCAGAUUGCUCCGAAUCAGCUGCUGCAGGUGUCGGGGGCUCUGUUGCCCCUGGCGGGCAUCAGCAUUCAGGGCAUCUUUUAUGCUUCCAUGCCUUGUGCUCAGCUGGCGGCCAGCUCUGACAUUGGCAAUCAUUGUCUACGGUGCGAGAGGCUCAUCAUCCGCUUCGGUCAGGGCAGCUUGUUUUUGAAUUUCGAGCAGUUCUGCAGCAUGAUGGUUUUCCUGAAGGAGAUGAAGAGUGCCUUUAGCAGCCUGGACCACAAGGGUGCCGGGUCUCUUCAGUUGCCAGAGCUUUGCAACGCCUUUUGGCGGGCUAGGAUCAACCUGCCCGAGGCAUUGAUCCAGCAGAUAGGCAAACGUUUUGACAGCGACAAUUCUGGCGGCAUCGAGUUUGACGAGUUCAUACAGAUGACUGCAGAAUGGCACGAGAUGUGGAAACUGCAAGAUCGCUUUAGCACCACCAUCGCGGCAGAGGAGCUGUCACGAAUGUUGGGGAGUGUCCAGGUGAUCUACCAGGUCAUCAACGGCUCCAUCCAGACAUUGCGACCGUUUAGCCUAAAUACGUGCCGCUGGUUGAUUGCCAAGUUCGGGACCUGCCAGGCAGGUGAACGCUUUGCGAAACGUCUGGCAUACCAGGAGUUCCUGCAGUUGAUCCAGUAUCUGAAGGCAGCAGAGCUCCUCCAAAUCCCCAAAUCCCCUUCGUGA